UGUCACCACUGUUCCCAACGAUGUCUCCUCGGAAAAAAGCGGAGCGCGUGAAACCGGAUAGAAGAUGCUGGAGGUGUAGUUUCACGGAGACACUUUGCUACAAAAGGAACAGUUUGAGAAGUGCGUCGAGUCCUGGUCUUUGCAUUGAAAACCAUUCAACCCAUGUGAUGCUUGGGAACUACGUCGAACACUCCAAGCCACUGUAGCCAGAAGACUGCUCAUAGGCCUUCCAGGAGUGGUGCUUAUAAGGACACAAGGGAAGAAGAGAGGAAAGAAAGAGCUUGUUGUCUACCAUCUGAAUUCCAUUACUUAUGGGAGAAGCUCAACAGAUCCUGAUGCGAAGCAACACCCUUUUGCAAUCAGGACACAGAAAUUUAUCAUGAAGGUAUAAGAAGAAAAAUAAUAAAUCAUUUCCCUUGUGUGAAAGGGAGAAAACGAGACAUUUCCUCCAAUUCAGUCUAUGAAUGAGAAGAGUUUGGUUAACAGAGGGGAUGAUAUCAAUGAUAAAGAGAGGAAGAACAUAGAGAAUCCAGAAAGAGGAGACCAGACAGCUGGAAUGGAUAAAGAAGGAGAAAGGCAAUGAAGGGCAAAAUGGAAACAGCUCUCAUGGCUCCAACCCUAGCACUGUUUUUGAAGAGAGGAAACCAAAGCUUCAUCACAAGUAAUUCCUAGCAAGAUGCACAGUGAAAUGAGACCAACCCAAACAACACUUCUACUAGAUGAUUACCAAGUAUCAGUCUAUGACCUAACUGGAGACCUAAAGGGCCGUGAAAAAUGGCCGAGCUACUAUGCUGAGGCGCAUGGGCUUGUUUUCGUCGUGGAUUCUAGUGAUGUAGCACGCAUACAGGAAGUGAAGAUCAUCUUAACUCGAAUAAUGUUUGACAAAAGGGUGUCAGGGAAGCCCAUCUUAAUCCUGGCAAACAAACAAGACAAGAAGGAUGCCCUGUUGCCUGGUGAUAUCAUUGAGUAUCUACUUCUGGAAAGGCUUGUGAAUGAGACUAAAUCCAUGUGCCGAGUGGAGCCAUGUUCAACCAUAAAACACCUUCCAAAGAGGCAUCAACAACCAAUAGUUAUAGGGCUGCGAUGGCUAUUAGCUGCCAUUAGGGAUCAAUAUGACGAGCUGUAUACUCGACAACAAACACCCAGUAUGAGCAUCUCAACCUCCAAGAACAUCAGAGGCUGCGGAGAAAGAUGCUCAUCAGAAAGCUUUCCUAACAGAAUGAGUAUGGUCAGACACAACAGCAGACAGCAUUUUGAGAAAAGACAACACAUGGAGCAUAGACAGCAUGUGGAGCAAAGACAUUUUGAGAAAAGACAGCAUUUUGAGUCAAGACAGCACUUAAUACAACGUUCACUGGAUGCUAGGCCCCUAAAGCCAAUUCUACAGAAAGAUGGUUUUCGAAUAAGGCCCAAAAAGAAUAUGUCAGUAACAUUUGCUCUAGACGUAAUCAUGGAGGAAGGUGAAUGUUCUCGGAAGAUUGGAGCUCCAAAUAUCAGUAAGCCUUGCAGCAGUCAAUGUUAUGACACAAAGACUCCAGCUCCAUCUGUUGAUGCCAACCUUUUCAAAGCUCGGAGGCCCAAAAAGAGAAUAGAAACCUGGGACACUGAAGAAAUGUUAUUGGAAGAUCCUCGUGGAGAAGCCUUCCGUUCCUGCGGUUAGUACUCCUUAAAUAGUCAAAGAAUGUACAUGGUUGGAAUGGAGGGUGAGUGUCCUGGAGGGCCCUUGGAAACUGGCCCGCACCCUCCUACCCCAAGUAGUCUGGGAAAGAAUAGAAACCUGGCAUUGGCUUCACUUGUAAAACGGGCUGUUUUCUUUCUCUGAUUAGACUUAACAGACUACUAAAGAGUAAACAGAGGGACAGCAAAAUAAUCAUUCCCUCUACCACCUUAUAGUAACUGGGUACAUCUCCAGAAGCAGCAGGAACACCCAGUCUUUGUUUUUCAUUGGAUAACGCCUCUACAGCCCACGUACAAGUUCACCUAUUCUAACAUCACAUCCCUGAGAACCAUUGUUUCUGCACACCAGUGUGGUAGCCAGUAAGUGCAUCCAUACUUACCAAGAGCCUCAGGAAGUUAGGUGCUGUCCACCUCAGCAAAGAAGAGCAAAGACUUCCCAUUUGUACUGAGAUGCUCCUGACAAAGCUUACGGAUAAAACGUCAUGCACAACUGAAGUUGAGCCUUAGACGAACAGGGUUACUUUAGAAUCACACGUUUCUCUUUAAGGUUCUCAGGUAUAAAGGGACUGGCAAAAUAAAUAAGGAUGAUGCUCUA